AAAGGCGUAUCGAGAAGAGAGUAUGAUACACGGGCCACCAUAAGGCUUCCCGUACAUUCGUCAUCAUCGGGGCAGAAGUCGUCUGUUGUGUGCUUUUCCAUUAAUUCCAACAUAAAAAAGCAGCCGUUUUUUGUGUCCCUCGCUUCGCAAACAGUACUCCCAUCGGUGGUGCGCAUGGUGAUAGUGCCAAGCGAAUGGCAUUUGUCCGUAGCAUAAAGAACGUAAAACUGUGUGUGCCCGAUUUUUGAUAAGCAUCGUAAUCCGUCCAGUUCACUGUUCUGCCGUUCGGGAGCGCUGGGAAUUAGUCACCAUCAUUUGUUUUACGUUGAAAAUGAUUUGUUUGACGCUUAUCUCACUUUUAUAAUCCGUUCAAUUUCGAUUUCGCUCUCACACGGGCCACAACCCCGGAAGGAGAAAGGAGGAAAAGCCGAAACAGUCCGAGGAGAGAGAGACAGCGGAAGAACGCUGGUUCAGGUUCUUAUUCGCACGGUUAAUCGUUCAGCAACCGGGUGCACGGUUCACACAGGCAUACCAUGUCGAGGGAAGGACUUGGACUACCACGUGGAAUUGGUCAACGAGAUUACGGUGCAAUGAGUAGCACGGCGGCAACCACCUCGGACGGUAACUUUGGCGGGUUCAGUCCCACCGAGUUCAUCUCGCUCAGCGAAUCGAUUGCGGCCAACACGAUCUUCGUGAAGCAGAGCUGGCAGUUUUUGGAGAAGGCCAAUCGAACGAUCGGCACGUCAAAGGACAAUCAGUCACUGAGGGAUAAAAUCAAUGAUAUUCAAACGGGCACGAACCAGCGGGUUGCCACGACUACCAAAGAUCUGCAGCGCUUAACGGUGGUAGUGCGUGGCGGUGACAAACAGCAGAAAUUGCAGGUCGAAAAACUGACCUCCGAUUUCAAGCAGGUGGUCCAAUUUUACUCCAAAAGUCAACAGAGCAUAGCUGCCAAGAUGAAACAGGUGUUUCUGGUGAACGCAUCGCAGGCGGACGAUCUGGCUGCGGGAGAAGCCGGACUGGUCGGGACAACAGAGCAGCAACAGGAGCUGCAGAGACAGAAACAACUGCAGCAGAGUUUACAGUUCGAACAGGAUAUGCUGCUGGAGCGGGAGCAACGCUUCCGCGAGAUUGAGGCAAACGUGCUCGAUGUAAAUCAUAUCAUGCGGGUACUAAGCAAUCUUACGACCCAGCAGAGUGAAGUGAUUGACACAAUCGAAAACUCGAUCGGACGAACGGUGGACAACGUGGAGAGCGGUGCGGAAGAGUUGGUAAAGGCGGCUGAGUAUCAAAAUCGGUACAGGCGCAAAGUGUUGAUAUUGCUGAUCGUCGCUGUGAUACUGGGUCUCGUGGUGACCGGCAUUAUCGUGUCAAAGCUCAAGAGCUAAGAUCCUCCAAGAGGAACGUUAUGGUGGUCUGGAACGAAAUCAUGUUCAUGGGGUUUUACUUCUUCAUACUCUACACGAACCCCCCGAAGCAAACAACGGAGUACGGGCAAUUUUACUAUUGAACGAUCAUUACCAUCUUCUUAUGGCUAUGUUCUUCUCUGACGUUUGUUUUAAAGUGAUUCUCCUGUACAACACUAUCUAUCAUCCAAUUUGUAUUGUUCACUUUUGAAAGUAGACUCAUCUAAUUAAGAGAAGCGUACCAUGUAGGGGAUAAGCGGAGUAAUAUGCGCGUAUACACAUUUAGUAAAUCGCAUCUGAAAUUUGAUUGGAGCGAUUGUCGUUACUUUAAAUGACAUUACCAACACACGUCAAUCGGAGAGUUGUGAGAAAUCAGAUAUGAUUCCUUUAUACGUCAAUGGUCGAUAGAAUAGCUUUCGAAUCUCGUAAUUCACCUCCCGUUGCAGUGUUAUGGGUUUAUUCGCAUACUACUAUUGGCCGGCUUUCGGACGUGCUUUUACUUUAUAGUGGUUAUAUUCAUAUCUCUCCAACGUUUUCAUAAAUAUUGAUGGGAGGGUUAGCUUACAGUAAACUUUUGUUUUGAUCUAAAAUAUGUUGUAGAAAAUAAAUUGUCCUUACUU